AUGUUUCCCCGUCACGUCUUCACUCGCCAGUUCGUGGUUGUCGGCAUCAUCUUACUUGCCGUGCUGUCGCUGUGGCACUUUCAAAAGCUUCUCUAUCCUGCGUGGACGCUCCUCACUCUCCCCUUCAGCUGGCCCCGUAACUCGGCUCAGUUUUUGAUAUCCUCUGAAUCUGAUGGCUUUGACCUCAGUUUCGCCAGCUAUAACAAGUUUCAAACAACCGCCGCCCAGGGGUACAGUGACCGCGUACCAGCGAUCCUUCAUCACAUAACAUGGGACUCCGCCGUGGCGCGCGCGACAUGGAAUGAGUCAAGAAACAGCUGUCUAAAUUUGCACCCUGGGUGGGAACAUCAUCUAUGGACAGACGAGAAUGCCAAUCAGUUCGUGAAAGAAAAUUUCCCUGAUUUCAAGGCGACAUGGGAUGCAUAUCCGUUUCCUAUUCAGAGGAGAAACGCGUUGAAAUAUUUGCUGCUAUAUCAUUACGGUGGAGUUAUCUUGGACAUGGACCUGAAAUGCAAGCGAGCCCUUGGUCCACUACGCCGAUUUGAUUUCGUCGCGCCGGCGGCUUCCCAAACGGGGUUCUCGAUCGACUUCAUGAUGGCCAGCAGGCAGAAUGAACUUAUAGGUGCCAUAAUACACAAUCUGAAGGUAUACAAUCACCGCUGGUUUGGGCUUCCUUACCUCGCCGUUUUGUUUAGCACGGGUGGUCACCUUGCCUCUACUAUCCACGCAUCGCAGCGAAAUAGGGCCGAACUUAAGAUUCUAGCCGGCCCUCCGGAUAACUUCACACUACAUUGCCUAAACGGCAGGGCUUCGACACCGAUCUUCGAUCACCUGCACGACUCGACUUUGCCCUCUUAUAAUAGUCCAAUGUCUAUCUCAUUUAUGUCAUUGGAUACCUGCAUAGCCCUUGUAUUACCGUUUCUUAUUAUUUGUAUUGUCGGGGUCAUGCUAGUUAUAGUGGAUCGGGUACACAGGGCUGUUAAUGUAUGGACUUGUUCGUGGAAGAACAAUCUGGAUACUGACCUGGAAAAGGCAAAUCCCCAUUAA